GGAGAGAUUGAUUUAUGAGGAUAACAUGGUUAGCUUGGCUAAGGGCCAGCUAAGAGGGAACAUGAAAACAAUUUACAAACAUUGGAAAGGUGUAAACACAAAGGAGGGGAGGACUGAUUUGAGCAUAAUAAAAAGGGACAGGGGCACUUAUUUAAGACUAACAUCCACAAAUUAAGAAAGGGAACAUUUAAGCUAAAUUUAAUGGAAAACAUCCUGACAAUGAGAUCUCUGUGGAAUGGUUUCCUAAGGGAAAUGGUCGAAGCCCCAUGCACUGGCAAUUUUAAAAUUAGACUGGACAAAACGCUAAUAAAUGUGCAAUAAAGCGCAGCUGUACACUGGCAGGGAGAUGCACUAGCUGUGUUAAUACAUCUUUUUCCAAAGCUAGCUUCUAUGGGCCUGAUUCUGCAUUUCCCAGCACCUUGAGCUGUGAUUUACCCCAGUGCAAAAGUGCUGUAAAAUGCUACCAAAGGAGAUUAGUAGCAUUUUAUCUCCACUUUGGAUUAGUGUAUAAAUGACUACACAAGGUGCAGGGCAAAAGAGAAAUGGGCCCUAUCAUCCUGUAAAUAAAAAGGAUCAGUGACAGAAAUGUGUCUCUUCAAUCCCUCCAGAGUGCCCUUGGACAUUCAGCCUCUGGUCUGCAUUAGUCCUCUAGAGAGAGAUUAAUAUGGCCCUGUGGGCAGACUGUGCAUACUAAUACCUCAUAAAGACACAGAAGGCAGCUUUUAGUGUUCCUUGUGUAAAGCAGGUCCAUAAGUAAAUAGAAGGAACAAAAGGCCCAAACUAGGCAACAGUGAAGGUUGCAACAGCAACUUUUGAAGAGCCAAAGGGUCACGUAUAAAUUUGCAUAUCAAUGUACAUAAGGUAAAUAUCAAAACACAAACACAUGCAACUCUAAUAUUUUCCAUGAGGCAGAGAAUACAGUCCUAGUUUGGCAGUAACGAUGCACCCAUUAUUAUUAGUUUUACUAGUUAUUUGCAUUAUGGUAGUGCCUACAGGCCCAGCCCUCACUGGGCAAGGCAUUGAGCACACUGUCGUGUCCUGAAGAAUUCACGAUUUACGUGUGAGACUGGUUGCUGAUCUUUAUAGUUGUCACCUAGAUACUAUGAUGAUAAAUCCAUUAGAUUUGAUAAAUCAAUAUUGUUUGUUGGUAGAGUUUGCCACCUACCUACUUGGUAUACUGGUGUGGAUGUACUAGAAAUCCCUAAGCAGACAGGUCAAAAGUGUUUGUUAUCUGAGUGCACCAGCAAUAACAACCUGCAGUUGGCCACUAGUCCUUACCUUACUGUUACAAGGAGAGGGCAGUCCCAGGCUGCAUUUUAGGCCUUUGUGGGCCAUAUUUGACCCUUAAACUACACUUUACCCUUAAAUUGGGGCUGUCCUAGAGGUCAUUUGUCUGGUCACAUGUUGUUCUUCAAGUAACCCUAAACUGUAAAUGUAUCAAUUAAAUGGCAAGUUGAUUAACAGCAUUAACGGUUGUAAUGAACUGGCUACUAUGUUUACUACUGUCCUCUAUUGGAUAGAAUCAGAACUGUUUAGCUGUGUCAGAGACAGUAUACUGCUGACAGCGAGCAGAGAUUCCCCAUACAUUCAACUGCGCUUUUAUAGCAGGAAGCUUUUUAUCUCAGAGGUGACAGUGAAGUCAAGACAAGCCGAAUAGUGAUAACCAUUAAGUCCAAGGAGGCUGCAGAUUUAUUACAAUAUAUUUACAUGGUGAGCUAUGUCCCCUCAAUUCUCUCCCCAGCAAGAAAAAAUGGAAUAAAAGUAACAGCAGGUAACAUUCUUAGUAGGGGAAGUAAGGUCUUGUGGUCAAGGCACUGGACUGGGACUCAGAAGAUGUUGGUUUAAUUUCCAGCUUUGCCACAUAUUCCCUUUGGGACCUUAGGCAAGUCACUUAAUCUCCCUGUGUCUCAGUUCCCCAUCUGUAAAAUUAGGUUAAGAGUCCUUCCUUUCCUCCACAUUUUCUUCUGUCUUUUCUAUAUAGCCUAUAAAAUCUUGGGGUGGGGGGACUGUCUCUUUUUAAAUAUAUAUACAGAGCUUGGCAUACUGGGGCCCCGACAUCCACUGGGGCCUGUAUGCACUACAGUAAUACAUUUAAAAUAAUAACAACAUUCCUAGGUAAACAUACACACAUACAUUUUAUGGAAUUGGCAGGAUAGCAGCUGUUGCUUUACACCAUAACGACUCUCUCCAAUAAGAAUUCACCUGGCCCUUUUAUUUCAGAGCAUUCUAAAUAGUUUUUAAAAAAAAGAGGGAGGGGAAAUCCUGGGAAGCUAAUACAUUUGCUUGUGAAAUUUGUCACCUCCUCCACCUAAACCACCCCAUACUACAAGUGCCAGACAAGAUGACCCUAGUGCUACUUGGAGAACUGCUCGUCAUGUAUGCAUAGUCCCUUCUUUUUGUCCCCCCCCCCACCCCCGUCAUGAAAAGAGAAGCAGUUUGGGGUUGUGGGUAGUUUGUUCCCCCCUCCCCCUCUUCAGCCAACACUUGCUCUUAUCAAAUCCCAGCCUCUACUAAGGAUAGCUGGGGAAGGAGACCGAGGUAAAUUGCAAGAUUUUGGAGGCUGUAGAGAAGCCAGGUCAGGGGUGUAACUAUCUGUCCCCCUAAAAGAAUGCCUGAGAUUGCACCCUCCUCCUGUGUUUAGGUGAAGUGUCGGCGCAGGGUUUGCUGGGAGCCAUGGAGGGGCAGCUGCUGCUGUUACCAUCAGUAACCUGAUCCAGCACUAAACAGCUUCUUACAUCUACUGAAGAGGAGGAAGCAAGGGGACAAAAGCCCACGGUUCCGCCUGCCGCUGAAAGAGCCAAAGCAAAGUGCAGUAAGUGAAUGACAUCCACAAUUCCGCUCUAUCCUGAAUGAUCCAGGAAGGACGUUUAAGCCUUAGCAUGUUGUCUGCAGACGUAGGCUGAUGCACGUUUGUUUGGGGCUGGGGGUUGGGGGGAAAGCCAGGGGCAUUACCCUGGAGUCACAGGCUCACAUGCAUGGGGAGGGAUGUUCUCCGUGUCGCAGGAUGAUGCUUCUGUGCUCGGCAGAGAAAGACAAGGGUUUUUUGCCAAGCAGUCUGUUAGCAGAGGCUCUGCAUGUCUCCGGCGGGUCAGGCAUGGUGGAUCCGGCGGCGGAGCCGGGCGAGGAGAAAUCCACAGACCCAGGCGGCGCAGCUGGAGAUGGGGCGCCCCCGGCAGCGGCGGGCGAAGGGGCCCCGCGUCCGCCGCCGCCAACGCCCGCGGGGGAGCCAGGGAGGCGCCGCGAGCAGUCCCCGCUGCUGCAUUUGGACCUCUUCAACUUCGACUGCCCGGAGGCCGAGGGCAGCCGCUACGUGCUCACCAGCCCCCGCUCCCUGGAGGCGUGCGCCCGGUGCGCGGUCAAGCCGGUGGAGCUGCUGCCCAGGGCCCUGAGUGAGCUGGUGAGGGAGGCCCCGGGCAGGUCCAUGCGGGUGGCAGCCGGCCUGUACGAGGUCUACGAGAUGGACCGGCAGAGGAAGCUGCAGCAGUGCCGGGAGGAAAGAGAAAGGAUUAUCCGAGAGGAGAAGAGAAGGAUUUUCACUCCCCUCAUGCUAAGCAGCCUCCCUUCCUCCCCAGCUGCCAGGAUCUCCUUCAAAACCACCACCAAUGGGAGUUGCACUCUAGCUCCAGGGGCAGGGGCUCCAACUGGGACCAAGACCAAGAGCCAUUCCCUGGACUCGCUGCAGAAACGGAGAGAGGGGUUCUCCACCAAAACCUCCUCAGAAUCAGGGGCAUCUUCGUCCUACAGCGGAGAAAGCUUUAGGGACAGAUGGCCCAAAGGGACCCCUCGGACUAGGACGGUGGCUGCCAUGAACUCCCUGGUGGGCAGAAGCUUCAGCCUGGGGGACCUGAGCCACUCCCCACAGACCACAAAGAAAGUGGAGAAGAUCGUCAAGGAGGUGAAGAAGAAGAAAGGUCUCAAGGAGGUGCCCAAGAGGGACAGGAAGAUAGCUGCCUUGAUGAUAGCCAAGCACCAGGAGGAGAACAUCCUGAACGAGCAGAGGUAUGCCGCCCACCUCCAGUGGGACAGCCAGCGGCGACGGGCGGAGCAGCAGAGGGAGCAGGAAGAGAAAGAGAAGCAGAGGGCUCUGCUGCAGUGCCAAAAGAUGUGGGAGUCCCAGGUUGAGAAACGCCGUGGGAAGCUGACCCAAGGGCAGAAGGAGGCUACCAUGAUGAAGCAGAAGCAGUGCCUGAUGUACGAAGAGAGGUGGAGGGAGCAGGCGGAGAAGCAAGACAGAAUGAAAAGGGAUAAGCUAGAGAGAGCCAUCCUGGAAGAUAAGCAGAAGAAGCUCCAUCAAGAGCACAACCUGAAGGUAAAGGAAGAAGACAAGAAAGAAUUCCUGGAACGAGAAGAACAGCUGUUGCAGGAUAAGCUGUCCACUGCUGCACAGAAGAAGCUGAAGAAAGAGCUGCAGCUGCAGAAGGAAAAGAAGUUGCUCAACCAAGCUGAGAAGCUGAAGCAUGAAGCCCUGCUCAAGGAACUGGUCAGGCAAGAGGCAGAGGAGAAAGAGAUGCUAAAGGCCUCCCUGGAGGUUAACCUGCACAAGGCCCAGGAGAACUAUGAGCAGCUAAUUGAGAAGAGGAACCAAGAGCUAAGGGAGAAAGCUAAACGGGAGGAGAUGCAAAUCCAGAGAGCCAAGCUGGCAGCCGAGAAGAAGGAGAGGGAGCAGAAGGAGCACUUGGAGGCCCUGGCCAAAGCGACAGAGAGGAAACUCCAGCAUGCUGCCCAGAUGGCUGAGGAGGUGGUCCAACAGAAAGCACGCAAGGUGAUCCUAAGCCGCCUGGAGAAGGAGAAGAUGCAGAAGGUAAACAAGCAGAAGGUGGAGCAGUACGAGGACUUCCGACGCAGGGAGAUCCUCCUGUCCAUUGAGAGGAAACUAGAGAGGAGUGAGCAGAUCUUCAAGGAGAAGAAGACUGUCCUGGAAAAUGCCAGGUCGGUUGCCCGGGCAUCCUUCCACAUCCGGGAAAAGGUGCGGGAGGAAACGAACAUGCGCACCUUUGACAAGAUGGUCUCUGAGGCAGAAUUGCAUGCCAGCCUGGAUAAAAAAUGAAAGGUCUUUUCUUUCUGUGGAUAAGUGGGGGAUAUAUCAUCUGGUGCCCAUCAGAACACAUUAGAAAGCUCUUUCAUAUUAGAAAAUUUCAGUUUUUAACCCUGAUUUAUAAUUUUCGGGGAGUAGGGCUCAGCACAAACCCUGUGGCAGCUAUUUCACAUACCUUUUUAAAAAAUGCUUUUGUUUUGGGGGUUAUUUUACGAGACUGACCUUUGUUAUCCCUUCCAGAAGAGAAGUUACCCCAUCCCCACUCUACACAAAGAUAUAUUCAAGGAUUAAAGCAGAAGCACACAAAUUUACUCAAGUGAGGGUUGCAAAGGCAACUUCCCAGAAACCUGUGGGCUACCUCAAAUUUGCCUAAAACGGACCAAAUUGCAGUCACCCUCAUCUUUAUUAUGACAAGGGCAGACAGUAGAGAGUACAUCUCUCAGCAUGUAACACUUCAUUUUGAUUUGAGUGACUUUCAGCUUGGAUCGAGAGGCUGGGAACUGUGUUCUCGUUGUGUCAUGCUUCCAUACUAAAGAUGAGGAUGUCCCCAUUAUAGAACUCCCUGGGGUGCUUUUGGCCCAUGGUUUGCACUUUAUUCACUACUGAUGUAAAAUGUGGAAAAAGAGGUGCCUAUGACAAGAUUUUUUAACACCAUGCAAGAGGUUAUCAUAACCAUAGCUGGGCACAUGCUGCAAAUCAACAUUUACUCAAAUAACCCCCCAGAGUUCCUUUUGAUGAUGAUAUUCACAACCCCUUUUAUUCACUUUCCACAGAUGAUCGCACAAAGGAAUUUUUGUUUGCAAGAAUGUUUGCAGAAAGGGAAAUGAUCACAAAUACUACUACUGCAAAUAUGCAUUCCUGGGGUAUUUGCACAGGAAGUGAUUGUGUGGCCUUCUCAGAAAGCUCUGUAUAUGUGUUAUGGAGUUAUCCAAUCAGGGAGCAGAACUAAUACCAUGUGACUUAGGUGACCCAUCACAGCUUUAAUUGCAAAUUAUGAAUAACUACUAUGUGACAUGCUAGUUAUGUGAAAGGUUCAUGAGCAAUCCAUAGACUGAAAUAUGUUUGCACAAACUGUUCAUUGAAUGUCAGAAAGUGAACAAACUUCUGAAAACCUGCCUGUUUACAAUCAUUUGUGAAAAGAAAAGAGGAUUAAAUUUGUAAAGUAAAUUAUUUGCAGUGAAUAGUUCACCCAGCUCUAAUCAUGACUUACUAAAUAUUACAACAUUUAGUUGUCCAUUGUUACUAAUAAUUAUGUUCUGUUCUUUAUGGCACGUAAAACAAAAAAUGCACAUUCUGCGACAAAUUAUGUUUUGUUGUGGAUUCACUCAGCAGAGGAAUGUGGGAUUUUCACAACUCUAACUAGAUAUCACGUACAGAGGAAUGAGCCCUGCUGUUAAGGAACUGGGACUGUAAAAAGCCUGCUCACGCCUCAUGGAAAACAUUCUAUAUAUAGAGAUCAUUCUGCUCAGUUUUUCUGCAUUUAUUUUCUCCUUAGUUAUUGUUAUGAAAACACAGCUGCUUGAAUACAGAAAGCUUUGCCAUGUUUCUUACAAGAUUGUGGUGCACCAGUAGCUUGUUCACAAGUGGGAGGUAUACUCCACUGUCUGUGACAUCGUAUCAGGCUGCUGUGGAAAUGGUGAUGAUGUCACAAACAGAACAUGAUCACUUCAGAUGGGAGAGAAGCAGCAGGAACAGCAAAGCUCCUGUGUUCAUACAAAUGGCUCUAAUAAUACAAAAUACAGGGGAACAGAAAGACAAAAUGUGUUACAUUUCACAGAUGCAUUUCUAAAUAGAAUGCUCUUCAAAGUUUUCCUUGAGAUGGCAGCAGAUCUUAAAAGAUUUUAAAGAGGAUGUUAUGUUAGUGGCAACGAUAAUGUUAGACCAAUGUUACCAGGGUAUGAACCAUGGGAAUAGUAUAAAAAACAGUGUUGGAAGUGAAGAGGGUGGGUGGUUUGUACGAGUCUUAUGGUAUUUGCUCCCUCUGGAUCACUGGGAAGAAAGACAGUAUUGUCUAGUAUAAACAGAAGGGGAUUAGGAGUCAGGACAAGUGGAUUUUAUUCCCAGCUCUGCCGCUGACUUGCUGUGUAACACUGGGCAAGUUGCUUAUGAUACAUCUACAUUUCAGUAAAAACCCCGAGGCUGACCUGGAUCAGCUGACUUGGGCUUGCAGGGCUCAUGGUGCGAGGCUAAAAAUACAAGUGUAAACAUUCAGGUUUGCGCUGAAGCCCAGAGUCCAAGUCCCUCCCUUCCCCAUUGGGUUUCAGAGCCCAAGUCCCAAGUCUAUACUGCUAUUUGUAGCCAUGCAGUGUGACCCCAAGUCAGUUGGCCUGGGCUGUGAGACUCACUGAUGUGGGGUUUUUCUUUUUGUUUUUGUUGCUGUUGGUUUUUUUUGCUGCAUAGAUGUAUCCUUAGCGCCUGCUCCUGCUUUCAUGGAAGUGAAUGGCACUGAUUUAAAAGGAAGCAGAAUCAGGCUCAUAGCCUUGCUAUACCUUAAUUUACCCAUCUGUAAAAUGGAGAUAACACCAAACUUUGUAAAUCACUUUGAGAUGUUUAGAUGAA